GAUGAAAAGGCGUUUCCAUUCUCAAACCGGCGAGACGCUCAGAAACGCGCGAGCACCAUCCAGAGAACGGACACGUAAAGUUUCCGCGGCAUCUUCGUUCAUAAUAACCCCAACUUCUGCAGAAAUAUUCACGCUCUUUGACGCUCAUGUGUUUGUGCUGAACUGGACUUGUAUUUGGGUGGCCAAAGCUCACCGCGGAUCUCAUCCAUCACCACCGGGAGCAUCAUCAUCAUCUUCAUCAUCAUCGCCGGAUCACCGGGCGCGCGGAAGAAUGUCUGAAUACAGCUCGAUGUUGAGUGAUCUUUCUGAGAACAUCACUAAUGAAGACCUGGAGCAGCUGAAGUCGGCCUGCAAGGAGGACAUCCCUGAAGACCAGAGCAACUCCAUCACCUCCUCCAAAGACUGGUUCAGUUACCUGGAGAAGAAUGACAAACUGGCACAAGAUAACCUGUUCUACAUAGAGCACAUCUUUGAGAUCUCGCGGCGGCCGGACCUCCUGACCCGGGUCAUCGAGUACCGCACGACCGUGCUGAAGAUCUCCGAAGAUGACGAGAUUGACACCAAACUCACUCGCAUCCCCUCGGCGAAGAAAUACAAGGAUAUCAUUCGCCAACCGUCAGAAGAUGAGAUUAUCAAAUUGGCCCCUCCCCCCAAAAAAGCAUGAGGUCAAAGUUCAUGACAUCUGCUCCUCAUCCCCGGCACUUCAUCUUGCCCAUCAUCGUCACCAAACCACACCCACUGCCCCGCCCACUCCACCACCUUCCACCGAACAGAAGCCAAGCAGCCAAUCAGAUCGCC